UUCCUAAGUACAAUAAAGACUAUGGAGUUACAGGAUCCAAAGAAGCUUAUGAAAAAGCUACACCUGAACAAAUACAAGCAACUAAAAAUGCCUUGCAACCAAACUCAGAUAAUAUCAUUAUUGAAAAGGGCAAAAUUAUUGCUAAACUGCGUAAUGAAAGUGAGAAAUGGGAGGAUGAUGUUCCUUCUUAUGCCAAUGACUAUAGUGAAUCUGAACUUGUGAUAAAUGUGUUUUCUAAAACCAAAUUGCAAAAAUAUUGA